AUGGGAUACCUCUUUUCUUUCGGGGCACAUAUUUUGGAUGGUGCGGCCUAUUUGCCAUUGCCCCUCGUGCCCACCACCAGCUUUUUCUGCUUUGGACAUUUGUGCAGAUUUCUCGGGAUAUGGGAAAAAGCGUUAACGAACAAGACGGUUGGUUUAAAGGGACGCCUUGUUCAACGGAACGGUUACAUAAAUCUAGUCCCCCUACCUACCCACACAUAUACCUAG